GACAGACAGUUAGUGAAGCGCCUCCGGGACGUAAACUACAUGCAUGGACAUAAACAGCAGUGUUCAAUGGUACUGUAUCCUGUGUAACACACUAAACCAGUUUAGUUAUUUUAAUGGUAAACUGCGCUGCGUUUGUGUAACCACCACACAUCGUUUUUGAACAUAUCCGGGAGAAGGUCAGACAUGAGGCUCUGCUAUCCUCUUCUGCUCUGUCUGGCAGCAGCAGCAGCCCUGUCCUCUGCCUUUGUGAUUUCACCUCCGUAAACACAUGUGGACCAAACUGAUCCUGACCCACCACUGGCCAAACACCUUCUGUAAUAUGGAACACCCACCAUGUCAUCCCAACAUUAGCUACUGGACACUACAUGGACUCUGGCCAGAUAAAGGGAUUGACUGCAAUUCAUCAUGGCAUUUCAAUUCUUCCCUAAUAGAGGACCUGCUUCCAGACAUGAAGAAGAGUUGGCCUGACUUGCUUAACCCCUUGUCUGCUGGAUUCUGGAAGUAUGAGUGGCACAAACAUGGUACAUGUGCAGCCAAAGCAGAUUCUCUGAAUAGUCAACAUAAAUACUUCAGCAAGGCACUGGAACUAUACCAUAAACUGGAUUUGGACAGCAUCCUGAGGAAGUUCGACAUCACCCCUUCAGAAAAAUACUACACAUUUUCACAAAUUGAAGGAGUCAUAGAGAACUUCUACGGCGUCACACCUAAGAUCCAAUGCGUCUCUCCGUCAAAGAAUGCUGAUGUCCAGAUUUUGGGGCAGAUUGAGAUCUGUUUCAACCCUGACUUCACCCUCCUGGACUGUGAGAAACAGUUUACCAGGGAAACAAUAUCUAAAGGAGACUGGAACGAUCCCAUGGCUGUUGACAAGGCAUCUGGGUUCAGUGUGUGCGACCAUGAUAUGCCAGUUUACUACCCACCUCUUCCAUAAAACACAUACAUGUGCAAACUGAAUUGCAACACCACACUACAACCCUACUUUUACAUACACAAAGUAACAAAUGUAUUCUUUGUUUACCGGUCAACUGUACUGUAAUUUAGCAUGCACACACAUACUGCCUAACUAUAAUUUUAUUUUUCUCAGGCUUCACAAUGAACAUCAUAGCUUUAAUGAUAAUGUAAGUCAAAAAUAGCCUCACACAAUCAGUGCAGUCUGAAAACAUUUUUGAACUGCAUGAAAAUUCUGGCUGUGACAGGUACUUUAAUAUCCUACAAAAACCAGGACACACACACACACUGUCCACUACUGCAUAGUGCUGCUUUAAUGGAAUUAUGUUCCUUCCUGACCCUUACUAGUAGAUGAGUCUGAUAGUAAGCAGCAUCAUGGUGAGUUUAGGUCAGGCAGGUGGGCAGACAGGCAGUUUUGGUACAAUCUUGUUUGCAAAUGAGUAGAACCUUUUGUUGUAUUGGGGCGACUCUUACUUCAUGUUAUUGAUUGUGUAGAUGUCAAACCUUAGUGCAUAUCUUGUGCCUCUGCUGGCCAUAUUUUAUACCACAUUUGUGUGCUCAUGUUGCAUCUUUCUUUGCGGGGUUGAUUGGAUUUUUAGUUAUUAAAUAAAUGGUUUUGCAACUUUAUGAUAAUUAAAUGAAUCCAUUACACUCCAAUAAUAAGCAUAUUUUUGAGGGCUUUUGGGGCAAGGGCAAUCAUUUUUAGACAAACACUGCUGCUUUGCAACAACAUCUACAUCUUUCAGGCAUUAUAACCUAGUGGUAGUUAUCAUAAGCUACCUUCUGAUGUUUGCGAAGUACAUAAGCCACUGUAGGCCUGGUUAAGUCUGUGUCUAUGUUGCUGAAAGAGGACUGUUAGUCACAUGUGUGAGCUUAAACCAAUAGUAUGUGCAUUAUGUAUAGACUAGAGAGUAAACAUAGUGUAUGGUGUAUAGCGUAAAUGCUUCAGUUUCUUCUAUAUUCAUUCUUUAGUAGAGAUGAGUCCAAAAACUCAAGACCCACCCCAAGUUAUGUUAUUAUGCACAGAUGGUACAGGCAUAGAGCAGUAAAAUGUUUGUUUUUCAAGGGUGUAGCAAAUGUUUUAAUAAACACAAUUUAAUCCCCAACUGAACUUUGUACAAUGAUUUGUUUGUAUUGGUGCUGUUUGACAUUUUUGUGCAAAGUUAAAUCAAUUCAGCGUAAACUGAAAGGUGGACAAAUGCUGUGGUGUGAAAUGACUGAAAUGAACUUUUGUAUCAUUUAUUUUUGUCAUUUUAAUGUCAAUAAAAUAUUCAGUAUGUAACCAA